GCUCAGCCCACUCGCGGCCGAGACCUUGUCAAAGCGGUCUCACAAGCCCGUAUUUAAAACUUUUCUCAGCCCGAAAGCUGAAUGCACCCGACAUUUCUUAGGAUUCCCUCCAACUUGUAACCUCGACAUUACAUACAUACAUAACGAUACCAUUCACUACUCGAAAGCAGUCUAUUAUAUACUCGCACCGCCGCUCCAGAAAUCAUUCCAACCCCGAAUACCGAAAAUGACUUCAUCCGCACCUACCUCGACGCCGUCCUCCUCGGGUUGCGGCGCGCUACUCUACGUCAUCCCAGUGCAGGACGCGGCGUGCGCGGUACCCGCGACGGGCAACAACACCGACAUCAUGGGCGCGUGCUGUGGUGCUGCCGACGUAGUCUCUUACUAUGACGGAUGCGGGCUCUACUGCCUCGCCGCGGGCCAGACCGUUGGCGACCUUAGCGAGUGUAUACGCGACAAGGGUGCCGCUCCUGGGAAUAUCUUCUGCAACCAGAACACCACAGCUACGGCCACCGAUACGGGCGCGCCUCUGCCUACCUCGGCCAGCGCUAGCAUCGUCGUCACGCAUAGCGGCGGCUCGAAGCCGACCCAGAGCGGCGGCGACGGCGACAGCGAUCCGAGCUCGACGGAAUCUCCCGGCGCCGCUGCUGGCCUCCGACCCGAAUACACUACCGUGAGCACCCUAGGUUGUGCAAUCGUAGCCCUGCUCUUCUCCGCAACGGCGUUCGGUGCCCUGCAGCUAUAGAUUAAUAAUGGAUGGAGUUGGAGGAAAAUUUUUUUUUUUUGGAUGUAAUGAAAAGGUGGAAAUAAUGGGAGCGCCACGUACCCAUAUAUAUAGCUCCAUCAUAGUUGGAUUCCAACGUACUACACUUGGGAUUUACAACGUCUCGGUUUAACUUACUAGGGUUAUGACUAGUCAUAAGGGGGGGUUUG